AGCAGCACCUUACGGACAGGCUCCCGGAGAAUUUUCCACGUCGUGGAAAAAUUUUGAUCGGCGCUUGUCAGUUCGGUGUGUGCAACUCUGGUGAAAACAGGACGGGUUCCUUGAGGCAAUGCAUAAAUCGAGAAUCGGUGUGAUUAUUGUGCUCGAAUUUCGAUACCAGGAAUUUUCACAAUAAUUUCUACUGUGUGGCAAUGCUGUGUGGUCGUUGGUUGACUGCAGUUGGAAAGACAGCUCUUGCUGACGCGUCAUUUUUCCUCUCUCCUCUCUCUCAUUGCCUCGCAGUUGAUGUGGAAUAUUCAUCCAUUGUUCUCGAGCACUCGUCGGAACAAUAUUUUCUCUGUACUCAAUAAUAAUAAUUAUUGAGCUCGCAGCUACCAACGCAGCAACUCAAACGCAGUUUGAGUUCAACAGUGCUUGGAGACAGAUUCAUACAUCUAGAACAGCCUACUUUAUUAAAAUUGAGCUAUUGGUGCAGAGCAAAGCUGGAUCGUCGGGGAUCGAGCAGCGCUGAUUUUGAGCACCAUGAACGAGACCACUCAGGUACCACCGAGAAACCAGCAACCACUAAAUAAACGGAGUGAGACCGUCAGCCGAACAAUGGACAAUACUUGUGAUCUAGGGAUAGUUGUUUACAAUGUAGCUGGUUUGCGAGGUGCAGACAUUCUGCUAGCUCUGAAGAACGCUGUGUCUGCUUAUCCUCGCCUGGAGGGUCGGUUCCCGCAAGUGACCGGAGUGAGCUUUGGCUUCGACCCGACGGCCCCACCCGGGCAGAGGGUGGAUGCCUCGCUGGUCAGGGUGGGCGACGAGUAUCCCGAUCCCAACCACAAGUACCUGCUUGCCAUCAAGCCCUAUCUGCAUUCCGGCUGCGAUGGAUACACUGGCCUCAAACAGGCUACUGUUGUGAUACGAGAUUUGCGACCAUACUUCUGAUCUUCAUAAGAAGCUAUAUCACUUUCAUUUAAUACAAGGCUACUACAACUACAUUUCAAGAGAGAAACAACAUCACAUGCAUCCAAACAACAUCCAUGGAACACACUGGAACAUGGAAAUGGAACAUAUCAUCACCCAAUGUAAUUCAAAUCACACAAGGAAUCAACUCGGAGAAUCGGAAAAAUGUGGUCACCAAUCGAGUGAACUGGCGGCUCCAGGCGAGUAUCAUUCAGCAUGAAUUUCCGAACAGAUCCACAUUAUAGUUGUUAGCAGCCUAGGUGUAAUUCUUCUGUAAUUUAAAUAGUCUUAUUCGAAUAAGUGAAGCCUCAUCAUGAUUCAUCUAUUACUACUGCAGUUAAGCUUGAGCUUGAUAAUAUAUUAUUUUAAGUUAUUGAAUAUAUGUUUAUGAGCUUCCCUGUACAUUGAUAAACUACGGCCUACCUCUCCAAGAAUUCAUAAAUAGAUUGUCAAUCAAUCUUUAUUAAUAAUUGAAAUUACUAUCAAAAUUUUUAUAUAACAAUAAACUUAAUAUUUCAUCAAUUAUUUGAUAAUUUAUUGAAUGACUGCAAAUAGAGUUCAAUCUGAGAUUUAAAUUUCAAAUUAUAGAGAUAUCUGGAGAAGGAUACUAGGCCUAUGUGUUUCAUUAUAUGAAAUAUUUUUUAUAAUUAUUUAAUGAAAAUGGAAAUCUUAAUUUGGUUAUCUUGAAUGUAUUUGAUCUAUCUCAUCUAAAAUGACCUUCUUUCGCAAUGUACAGGGAGCCAGCAUAUUCAUUUUGUAAACAUAUACACCAAUAUAAUAUAUUUUCAACAUUAUCCAAGAAUUUAAAAUAAUCUCGACUUCUAUCUUGAUUGGAUUCAGCUCUGUACUAAUGUUAUCCAAAUUUUUGGAUAAAAAUUCAUUAUCUAUAUUAUUUGUCAAUAACUUGAUUUUAGGUUUAGCUAAAUAACCAUAUUAAUGAAUAUUUUAUCUUAUUCACCUCGAAGUAUUGAAGAAAACUAGUAUCACAUGUUCACCCGUAUUUUAAUUUUAAUUUUUUCAAUUACCAUAAGCAACCAUAGCAGUUAAAACUAUUAAAUAGCAAGAGAUAAUUUGAUUGUUAACCUUUAUAUGUGUUCCUAUGAGAUUCACCUCUUUACAGAGAUGUUUUCUAAUGUUCACUCUUAUCAUAAUUAUGUAAUGUACCUAGCUGAUUAGUUGACGUGCAUUUUCACAAUCCGAGAGUACCCAUUGUUUAAAAAUUAUAAGUGUCGACGACGGUGGAAAUUCAUGACAAAUAAAAUUGAACUUAAAAAAUGUAUGGCUCUUGGCAGUCGGUUACGAGGACGGGACCUGAAAC